UGCCAGUACACAACGAAAUCACAGUUCUGGAGUCCCACUCCCACUCACAUUCCACUUCACGUUACUCACUUCACUCCUCAGUCUCACUCUACUCUAUUAACCUAUCCACUAAUUUACUGCUUUACAUAUAAGAAGGGAAUAUUUGAUAGAGCUGGGUUUUCCAUAUCACUACCUUUAUGGUCAUCACAAAGUUUUGCGGACUUACAUACCGACAAACCGACACACCAAGUCACUGCUUCAUAUGUAAGAGAGUUACACGCUCUUUCUUAUCUGGACCAAGUGAAAACACAGUUUGCAGACCAACCAAAUGUUUACACUCAGUUUCUCGACAUCAUGAAAGAUUUCAAGUCUCAAGCCAUCGACACCCCUGGAGUGAUAACGAGAGUGAGUCGACUAUUUCAUGGAAGAUCCGCUCUUAUAAUGGGGUUCAACACGUUUCUACCCCCAGGAUUUGAAGUGCAAGUGGUGGGAGCGAGAAUAACCAUCACAGAGCCGAGCGGGAACACUCAGGCUCGAACUCCACAACGGGAAAAGGCAGUGUUGUCGGCGGUUACAGCUUUGUUCGGCGAAGAACCUGAUUUGCUCGAGGAAUUUCGACAUUUCUUGCCUGGUGUUCAUGGGUUAUUGACUAUUCCAGCUGUAAACAACUGGGGGUUAGUUACAGGUAGGUUUUCGUGCAAUCGUGUUUUUUUUUUAUCUACUGAAAUAUCAUGUACCUUUAUACACCCACUUGUCGUUUUUCUGUCUCCCUUCAUAGGAGUCUUCCUGAUAGUUUCAAACGACCUGUGUGCUCUGGCAGAACACCGCUAUGUCAUGAGGUCUGUGCUACCGCAAAUAUUAAGUUCUCUACUGCAAACGAAUUUCAUUUAUAAGGUGCUUAACGAUACCUGGGUAUCAUUCCCAUCAUGGUCUUCCGAAGACACUACUCACGUAUCUUCCAAGAAGACGCAAUAUGAGGAGUUCAUUUAUCGUACAGAAGAUGAGCGUUUUGAGGUCAGUAAUCUUUCUCUUGUUCAUUCUAACACUUUACUUUCAUGGGUUCCUUUUGUCAUAAUAAAGUACAAAUUAUUCAAGUUGGAUAUUAUUAUUGAUGUGAACAAAUAUGCUAUCGAAUCACUGGAGCUGGUGCGCCGACGCAUGGAGCGAAUGACACAGGCAGAACUAGAUAAAUUCCGGUGA